AUGAUGUCGAAAAAAUUCCGAUUCGCCAUCGAUCGAGGCGGCACAUUCACCGACAUUUUCGCCAAAUGCCCCGACGGGAGGAUCAGAGUACUCAAAUUGCUCUCCGAGGACCCUCAACAUUACAAAGACGCCCCGACGGAAGGCAUCAGACGGAUCCUGCAAGAGGAAACCGGCGAGGCCUCAGACGAAGACAACAACGUCGAUAGCUCUUUAAUAGAAUGGAUUAGAAUGGGCACAACGGUAGCUACCAAUGCUCUUCUGGAGAGGAAAGGAGAGAAUAUCGCGUUUGUUACCAAUAGUGGUUAUAAAGAUAUACUGCUUAUUGGUAACCAAGCCAGACCAAACAUCUUCGACUUGAAUAUCAGACGACCGGAAAUCCUCUACAAGGAAGUCGUCGAAAUAGACUGUCGAGUAAUACCCGUUCUAGAAGGAAAAUGCCAAUUGGGUCACCAAACAAACAACUGGCGAGUCGUAGAAGGAAAAACCGGCGAAAAAUUCUACAUCGUAAACGACCCAAACGAAGCCGAAAUCAGGCGAAAAUUAUCCCAAAUCAAAGACAAAGGCAUCCGCAGCAUAUCAGUCGCCUUGAUCCACAGCUACACAUUCUACGACCACGAAUUGCAAAUAGGAAAAAUCGCCAACGAACUGGGCUUCUCGCACGUCUCGCUCUCCCACCAAGUCAUCCCCAUGGCGAGAAUCGUCCCCAGAGGCUUCACCUGUUGCGCCGACGGCUACCUCACGCCCCGCGUCAAAACCUACGUGGAGGGAUUCUCCAACGGAUUCAAAAACCGUCUGCAAGGCACCAGGGUGUUGUUCAUGCAGAGCGACGGCGGCCUCACGCCCAUGGAGGACUUCAACGGAGCCCGGGCGGUCUUAUCAGGACCCGCUGGUGGUGUGGUGGGCUACGCGGUGACCACUUGGCAGAAGGAGACCCAUCUACCUGUCAUCGGUUUCGAUAUGGGUGGAACAUCUACGGAUGUCUCGCGCUACGCGGGGGCUUACGAACAUGUUUACGAGAGCACUACAGCUGGGGUUACCAUACAAGCGCCCCAGCUCGAUGUGAAUACUGUCGCUGCUGGUGGAGGAUCGAUGCUCUUCUUCAGGUCUGGUUUGUUCGUGGUGGGUCCGGAAUCGGCUGGAGCCCAUCCUGGACCGGUUUGUUACCAAAAAGGCGGCCCUCUGACCGUCACCGACGCGAAUCUCGCCUUGGGGCGGCUCCUGCCCCAGCAUUUCCCCAACAUCUUCGGCCCCAACGAAGAUUCGCCUUUGGAUAAACGACGAACUUUAGAAGAAUUCGCUAAACUCACCGAGGAUAUCAACGAGUUUUUGCUACAAUCAGCCAACAACAAACCUCCGAUGUCGAUCGAGGAAGUCGCCAUGGGGUUCGUAGAGGUGGCGAACGAGGCCAUGUGUCGCCCCAUCAGAGCCCUGACGCAGGCCAAGGGCUACGACACGGCCCGCCACGUUUUGGCCUGCUUCGGCGGGGCGGGGGCCCAACACGCCUGCGCCAUAGCCAGAUCGUUGGGCAUGUCGAUGGUGUUCGUGCACAAGUACGCCGGUAUUCUGUCCGCCUACGGCAUGGCCUUGGCCGAUGUGGUGCACGAGGCGCAGGAGGCGAGCGCCAAGGUUUUUGCGCCGGAGAAUUUCGGGUAUUUCGAGGCGAGGUUGGAGGCUUUGGGGAGGCGGUGUAAGCGGGAAUUGCUGGAUCAAGGUUUCGACGAGGAGCAUAUCGAGUUGGAGCGGUAUCUGCACAUGAGGUACGAUGGAACCGAUUGCGCUCUGAUGUGUAGACCGGGAAAAAGAGGAAAUCGCUUGGAGGAUUUCUUGGAAAGCUUCACGGAACGAUACCAACACGAAUUCGGUUUCGUUAUAAAGGGAAGAUCCGUUAUCGUCGACGAUAUUAGAGUAAGAGGCGUCGGUAGAAGCGACUUGGAAGAAGAACCUCUUAUACAACAAUCCCAAUCACCACCCAUUCCUAACUCCACAGCUGAAGUAUACUUCACAAACGGUUACCAAACCACCAACAUCUUCCUACUCAGCGAUCUGAAAUCUCACCAAACCAUCGAAGGUCCCGCCAUCAUCAUGGACCAAUCUAGCACGAUCCUAAUCGAACCCGAUUGCUCGGCCACCAUCACGAACCACGGCGACAUCAAAAUCACCAUCGGCAGCGGCAGAAUCAAAACAAUCGGCCCCGAAUUGGACUCCAUCCAGCUGAGCAUCUUCAGCCACCGGUUCAUGAGCAUCGCCGAGCAAAUGGGCAGGAUACUCCAACGCACCGCCAUCUCGACCAACAUCAAAGAACGCUUGGAUUUCUCCUGCGCUCUGUUCGGAGCCGACGGGGGGCUGGUGUCCAACGCGCCCCACAUUCCGGUGCAUUUGGGGGCGAUGCAGGAGGCGGUGCAGUACCAAAUGGGCGCCCGAUCGGAGUUCAUCGAAGGCGAUGUGAUUUUGUCCAAUCACCCGUCGGCGGGCGGGUCGCAUUUGCCCGAUUUCACCGUCAUAACGCCGGUGUUUCACAGGACUAGCAACAAGCCGAUAUUCUUCGUAGCAAGUCGAGGCCACCACGCCGAUAUUGGAGGUAUCACACCGGGUUCGAUGCCUCCACAUUCCACCAGAUUGGACCAAGAAGGAGCCGCUUUUAAAUCCUUUCUCUUGGUGAACAAAGGGGAAUUCCAAGAGGAGGACUUCAUCGAUGCCAUAAAGAAAGCCGGAGGGAGGAAUUUGUCCGAUAACAUAUCGGAUGUAAGAGCUCAAGUAGCUGCAAAUAAAAAGGGUAUAGCGUUGGUGGGGGAGCUGAUCGAUCAGUACGGAUUGGAGGUGGUGCAGGCGUAUAUGGGGCACAUCCAGAGCAAUGCAGAAGUGGCUGUUAGAGAUAUGCUGAAGGCCGUCGCUGGGGAGGCCAGGCGAAGGAUCGGGGAGUCGGUGUUGAUGGCGGAGGAUUUCAUGGAUGAUGGGUCGAGGAUUCGAUUGGCUGUGACGUUGGAUGAGGAGAAUGGGUCCGCUUAUUGCGAUUUUACAGGCUCGGGCCCCGAGGUGUGGGGCAACUGCAACGCCCCCAAAGCCAUAACUCUAUCGGCCUUAAUUUACUGCCUGCGAUGCAUGGUCGGCCAUGACGUGCCCCUCAACCAGGGGUGCCUGGCUCCGGUGAAGAUAAACAUACCGAAGGGCUCCAUUCUGGAUCCGAGCGAUGGAGCCGCUGUCGUUGGAGGCAACGUUCUCACCUCCCAGAGGGUGGUAGAUGUGGUUCUGAAGGCGUUCCGAGUGUGCGCCGCCUCCCAGGGAUGCAUGAACAACAUCACCUUCGGCGAUGACCAUUGGGGUUGCUACGAAACGGUAGCUGGAGGCAGCGGAGCGGGGCCGAGUUGGAACGGUUGUUCGGGGGUUCACACGCACAUGACGAACACGAGAAUAACGGACAUGGAGAUUUUAGAGCGAAGGUAUCCGGUGGUGGUGAGAAAAUUCACUUUGAGGCCGGGCACCGGCGGAAGGGGGAGGUUUAGAGGCGGCGAUGGGGUUGUUAGAGAGCUCCUGUUCCGAUCGGCUCUAACUUUAUCGGUUCUCACCGAACGGAGGGUUUUGGAGCCCUACGGGAUGGAUGGGGGGCAACCUGGCAGUAGGGGGUUGAAUCUGUUGCUGAGAUCCGAUGGUAGGCUGAUUAAUUUAGGUCCCAAAACUGCUGUGCCCGUUUUACCGGGGGACAUUUUCCAGCUGCACACACCUGGAGGAGGCGGUUACGGCAGGGAAGAUGAGAUGUCAGAGAUCCAGGACAGGAUUCGAUCCCAAGGGGUUUCCAGUUUCCAGGAUAAGACAAUGUUCCUGGAACGUGGCAGUGUUUUUGAGUACAAACAGGCCCAACAAAGCGCCUAA